UGAAUUACGUGUUUUUUUUAUCGUUAUGACACCACCCCUUUGCUGCAGACGGAUCGUGAAGGAGUGCUCGGGUGUAAACAAAUCUACAAUCUAGACAUUUGUUCUCAAGAGAUACCAUGAUCAUAUGAAUGGAAAUCAUACGUCGCCUUUGGGCGUUGACAAGGACCAUCACUGAGGAAAGCGCUUGAAUUACGUCGUUAACUGUUUAUCAAUGCCGCUCAACACAUCACCGCCGUGGUUGUUAGGUGAAGCGUCAUCCUAAACUGUAGGAUAUUCUCGUUAACGAUGGCGACACCUGCAGAACAGGACCUUGUGUUGGCAGAAGCAGAGAGCAACAAAGAGAGAGCGCAAAUGUUCGGUAUCCUCAGAUUGCAGGAGGAUAAAUCGGCCGCCGGUGAGAAAGUGAGCGCCGCUGCCAUGAAAUCUGGAGACGGGAGAUGGCAGGCGCCCAUAUUCGCGUUAGCCAGAAAAGCGUCAGAAACAUUCUCGGGUGGCAUUCACGUCUUGCCCAAAGUGACAGAGCCAAAAACAUCGCCUUUUUCCGAAGAAUGGGGUGCCAAGGCCUUUCGAGAUCCAAUGGCAAUGGAACGAGCAAACUUGCUUAAUAUGGCUAAGCUCAGCAUUAAAGGCCUGAUCGAGUCGGCUCUGAGCUUUGGACGAACUCUGGACUCUGACUAUCCGCCUCUGCAACAGUUCUUUGUUGUCAUGGAGCACUGCCUGAAGCACGGUCUCAAAGUGAAGAAAUCGUUUCUUGGAUACAACAAGUCAUUGUGGGGGCCUCUGGAGAUGGUUGAGAAGCUCUGCCCAGAAGCAGGCGAAAUCGCAGCCAGUGUACGAGACCUUCCCGGCCUUAAGACACCUCUGGGCAGAGCCAGAGCAUGGCUAAGGCUGGCAUUGAUGCAGAAGAAAUUAGCAGAUUACCUACGUCUCCUCAUCACCAGGAAAGAUAUACUUAGUGAGUUCUAUGAGAACUCGGCAGUGAUGCUGGAGGAGGAGGGAGCCGUCAUCGUUGGUCUCCUGGUGGGACUUAACGUCAUAGAUGCCAACUUAUGUGUGAAGGGCGAGGACCUCGAUACACAAGUUGGUGUGAUAGACUUCUCCAUGUACUUGAAAAAUGACAUUGAUGAUGACUACAGAAGUGAAGAAAGAAAUGGACAAAUUUCAGCUAUCUUGGAUCAGAAGAACUAUGUUGAAGAAUUAAAUAGGCAGCUGAAUUCUACAGUUCAAGGCUUACAGGGACGUGUGGAGUCCUUAGAAAAAUCCAACUCCAAACUCAUCGAAGAGUUGGCAAUAGCGAAAAACAACAUAAUUAAAUUACAGGAAGAGAACCACCAACUCAGAACAGAAAAUUCAGUCAUUCUUAUGAAAGCACAACAGCGUCUUGAGAUUGCAGAAGGAGAUUUGAACUGUGAGCUUGACACGUACAAGCAGUCAAGGCAGGGCCUGGAUGAAAUGUACAAUGAGGCAAGACGCCAACUCAAAGAGGAAUGUCAACUCAGGCAGGAUGUGGAGAACGAGCUGGUUGUGCAGGUGAGCAUGAAGCAGGAGAUGGAAAUGGCCAUGAAACUGUUAGAAAAGGACAUCCAUGAAAAGCAAGACACUCUGAUUGGACUUCGGCACCAAUUAGAUGAAGUUAAAGCCAUCAAUGUGGAGAUGUACCAAAAAAUGCAGUCUUCAGAUGACAGCAUGAGACAAAAAAAUGACAUGAUCGCAAGGUUAGAGGAGAAGACCAAUCAGAUAACGGCGACUAUGAAACAACUAGAACAAAGAUUGCAGGAUGCCGAGAGGGAACGUGCCUGUGCCGAAGACGGGAUGCGCAAAUUCAAGCAGGACUUCACAAACAAAGCUGACAGUCUCCUAAAGCAGAUUGCCCAGAGAGAGAAACAAAUGAUUCAGCUGGAAACAGACUUGAAAAUAGAGAGGGACUGGCGACAGACGUUACAGAAUGAAUUAGAAAGAGAACGAGAGACCAUCACUCAACUCACUGCUGAAGCACAGCAAAUCAACGGACUCAAAAAAGAGUUUCACAGGUUGCAGGAUGAGAAUACGCAGCUGAAGGGAAUUUGUGAAGAGCAGGAACAGGCGCUGGAGGAGCUGGGCUGCAAACUCAGCGAGUCAAAGUUGAAAAUUGAAGAUAUAAAAGAAGCCAACAAAGCACUUCAGGGUGGACAGGUUUGGCUGAAGGACAAAGAUGCUACGCAUUGCAAGCUUUGUGAGAAGGAAUUUUCAAUCUCCAGGAGAAAGCACCACUGCAGGAACUGUGGGGAGAUCUUCUGCAAGGCCUGCUCGGAUAAUGAGCUGCCGCUUCCCGCUUCUCCCAAACCCGUGAGAGUCUGCGACACCUGCCACGCUCUGCUCCUCCAGCGCUGCUCCUCCAAUGCCACGUAAGAUAGAAAUGACAGCACAUCGUAACAAGGGCCAAAAUCAGCUUUAACUCACAGACUGUGCUGUCCCGCAUCGUCAAAGUGACCAAAAUGGAUGCACCCGUUUCUCUGUGUUUGAAGUUUACAUUUCAUAGGAUAAAGCCUGUUGCCUCAGAGAAGACUUAAUGGCACUUGUGCAGAUGGCCAAUGCAGUGUUUGUCACAGAGUGUGCAAUGAAAGAAAUGAGUUUACAUAUGAAUUAAUGACUGAGUGCCUCCAUCUGGGCUGCAAGUAGACUGAUGUAGAUUAUUUAUACAGUACUAGUACAACACUCCCAUGCAUUGUAUACUUUUGAUAUGUAAGGGUGAACAGGUUUCAUUCCUCAAGAUUCAGAAGUUAGCAAAUGCAGUUACUUUAAGGGAUAUCACUUCUUGAGCAAUUAUAUUUCAAAUUCAGCUGAAAUACAUAACCUUACAUUCAUAUGUGCCUGCCCUGUAUAACAAGCCAAACUGACAAAUAAGGAUUUGAAAUGUUUCCCUGAAUCUAGAUGGGCAAAAACUGUAUGUAUAUACAAGUAAAAUGUUGUCAGUGUUGCUUGAGAAUGACUGAGGUGGAUUCAGGUCAAAAAGCACAGAAACAAUGUUCUGAAUAUGGUCUUAGGUUUCUUGUCUGCAAACGGUAUUGUUUCACAAUUGCAGAUUUACCUUGGUAUAGAAAUGGAACACUACUCAUUUUGAGUAUUUGUGCUAAUGUUUGUCAGGAUAAUUACUCAAAAUACAAAUGUUGACUUAAAUGUGAAGUUUAUGUAUGAAACUAUACAUAGCUUUAAACCACUAAAGUUGAUUAUACUUCCA